AUGUUGAUGCUUCCUUAUUCACAUCUGAUAGAUUCUGAUAGACAAGAAUCUGUGACAGUAGCUCUAGCAGCUGCAACGGCUGCUGUAAUGGCAUCAUCCGCUAUGGAACGAACACGCCUUGAAGAAGAAAAAAUACGUGUUCAUACAAAAGAUAAAAAAGAUCAAAGUGCAAAUGCUUCGGCUGAAGUUAAAACUCAUUUAAAAAGUUUUAUAUGUCGAAAAUUACAAAAAGAAGGCAAAUUAGGAAAUCAAGAAUCAAUUGAUAUGUUACGACGAUUUCAAUCAGAACCUGUACUUGCUAAUCCACGUCUUGAAUCAGGCAGUUUCAAAAUUAAAUCUGAUUUACGUCAAAGUAUUCUUCAUCGCCAUCGACAUAUUACACCAAUGUCAGAUAAACGUCAUCCAAUACGUUCAACAAAUCUUGCUCAAAAACAACAACAUACAAUGCCAUCUAUUCCAAUAAUAUCAUUUGAUUCUCAAUCAGCUCAAAUGCCACCUCCGGAGCAAUUAUGGCUCGAUUUAAAUGAUCUUCAACGAAAACUUUAUAGUUGUUAUUCAGCAGGUUCACUUACGGGAACUAAUAAUGGUCAACAAAAACAUUUAAAUCUUACACAUGAUAAUUCACAUCGUACAAAUAUUCUUGGUCCAAAACAUUUUAUUGUUGAAGAAGAAAAUGAAGCAUUAUUAGCUAAAGAAUUAGAAGAAGCGAAAAUUCAAAGUGCUCAUAAUAGUCAUAGUUCAAUGCAUAGUAGUCAACCACAAAUAUUUAAUUUUGAAUCCAAUGAUUUUUCUAUUAAAAAUUCAAAUUUAUUAAAUGAUCGUUUAGCAUUACAUUCCAAAUCAUUAUCAUCUUUAUCAGCAAUAGCACCAACAACAGAUAAGAAAUUACAAAGUAGUACUUUAGGUUCAACAAAAAUGCAUUUUACUACUGGUGUUGUUUAUGAUGAUGAAUCAUUAAAACAUGAAUGUUAUUGUAAACGUACAGAUCUUCAUCUUGAAAAUCCUCGUCGUUUACUUGUUAUCUAUGAACAUUUAAAAAAAUGUAAUCUAUUAGAUGAUUGUGAAAUUAUUCGUAGUUGUUGUGCAACUAUUGAUAUGUUAACUGAUUGUCAUAAUCCUACUCAUGUUUAUUUAUUUGGUUGUGAUCAACGACAACGUACACAACAAUCAGCAGCAUUAUUAACUCAACGAUUAAGUUCAAUUGUACAUUUACCAUGCGGUGGUUUUGGUAUUCAUGAUGAUGUUGAUACAAUUUGGAAUGAAUUAUAUACAGCACGUGUUUGCCGUUUAGCUAUUGGUAAUACAAUUGAAUUAUCGAAAUAUAUACUUGAUGGUAAAUUAAAAAAUGGUUUUGCACUUGUACGUCCACCAGGUCAUCAUGCCGCACAAAAACCAUUAGGUUUUUGUUAUUUUAAUACUAUUGCUAUAACAGCGAAAUAUUUGAAAAAAAAUCGAAAUCUUGAACGUAUUGCUAUUGUUGAUUGGGAUAUACAUCAUGGAAAUGGUACACAAGAUUUAACAUAUGAUGAUCCAAAUAUUCUUUAUAUAUCAUUACAUCGUUAUGAUAAUGGAACAUACUUUCCUGGUGGUGGGCGUAUUGAAGAGUGUGGAAGUGAUGCUGGUCUUGGUAAAAAUAUAAAUAUUGCUUUUUCUGGUGAACCAACAUCAGUUAUGACUGAUGUAGAAUAUUUAGCAGCAUUCAGAACUGUUGUUAUGCCUAUAUUAGAACAAUUUCAACCACAAAUAAUUCUUGUUUCAUGUGGUUUUGAUGCUUGUAUGGGACAUCCACAUCCACUUGGUGGUUAUGAAUUAACCCCAACAUGUUUUGGUUAUAUGACAAAUCAAUUGAUGAAACUUGCCGAUGGAAAAGUUGUUUUAGUUCUAGAAGGUGGCUAUGAAUUAAAUGCAUUAGCUGAAUGUGGAAAAUCAUGUGUUGAAGCAUUACUUGGUCGAGAAUUACCAUCAUUCAGUAAAGAAACUCUUGAAACUAAACCAAAUGCAUAUGCCGUACAUAGUUUAAAAAAUGUUAUCGAUGUACAACGUGAAUUUUGGCCAACACUUGAUCAAUAUCAACAUUUAGUUUCCAUGUCACAUGAACAAGCUAUUACUUCGUGA